GAACGCACGCGCGCGGCGGUGCGAUGUUUCCGCUCGCUCGGACCGCGCGGCUUCCAGCGGGGCAGCAGCAGCAGCGGCGGAGCGGAGAAACCCGCAGAUAAACAACAACCAGCAGCAGCAGCGCCGAAAACACCCCACCUCACCCCGCUCCCCCUCCCGCACAGCGCCCAACUCACCCCGCCGCGGUGCCGGCGGCCCGGGAGACGGACUGACGGAGGAAGAGCGGGAGAAGCGGCAGCGGCAGCCGGAGGAGGAGGAGAAAAGAAGAAGGACGAAACAAAAGCGCUGAAAAAGCUCCAUAAUGUCCGAGCCGCGGUACCGCGAGUGGAUCCUGGACACGAUAGACUCGCUGAGGUCGCGCAAAGCGCGGCCGGACCUUGAGCGGAUCUGCCGGAUGGUGCGGCGGCGGCACGGCUCUGAGCCGGACCGGACCUGCGUGGAGCUGGAGAAGCUGAUCCAGGAGCACGCGGUGCUCAAAGUGAACUACAAGGGCUCGGUGUCGUACCGCAACGCCGCCAAAGUGCAGCGCGGCCGACGGAAAGUCGAGCAGGCGUCCCCCGGAAAGUCACCGGCCAAGCGAGUUUGCUUGGCCGACGUGAGGCGCGACGCGGGCGGCGGAGGAGACGACGCUGCUACGCUGGGACCAGCCGACGAGGAGGCGAUGGAGGACGGGGAGGUGAGAGAGCGGAGAGACGGCGUAGAGGGGGUGGAGGAGGAUGAGCUGUCCACCACAGCUGGCCUGGACAGCAGCAUGGACGAAGAGGAGGCCAGUCUGGAUGCACCUUGCAUGCAGAACACCACUGACUCGGGCAUCGGCCUAAGUCCCAUCACAGACCCUGGAGCCAGCCUGCCUGCAACCUCCCCCACCCCCUCCAAAAGCUCUCCCAACCACAGUAGCCUGGAACUGGAGAGAGACCCCCUGCACGCUCCUGCCGAGCACACACCACCCUCCAGCCAGCAAGACACAGGGUCCCCGGAGCUGGAGCUGGCGCGGCAGCCGGCGGCCAUCUGUCCCUCGGCCCAGCGGAGCGCACUGACGGGGGAGGAGGGGCCGAGAGUGGAGGAGAAUGCGCUCACGCCCGAUCAGUUGCUGUCCGACUGCAGAGCCUCUUUGCAGCACCAGGACGAGGCAGUGGGUUCUGACCGAGAACCUGCCCAGGGCUCUGUCCCAACGGAAGAGGGUAAAAACUGUAGUAAUGAGGGAAAUGUUGCUUCUCCACAAGAAAUCGAACAAGCCAAGAAUGGAGGAGGGAUAAAGAGAGCAGACUCGGUGAAGAGUGAGGAGAUCACACAGGACCCGCUACUGUGGAGUGUAUCGGACGUGGUGAGCUACUUCACCGCAGUCGGAUUUCCCGAACAGGCAGUGGCUUUCAGAACACAGGAAAUCGACGGGAAGUCGCUUCUCCUGAUGCAGCGCAGCGACGUCCUGACGGGUCUGUCGAUCAGACUCGGCCCCGCCCUCAAGAUAUACGAACAUCACGUGAAGGUGCUGCAGAGGAGCCACUUUCAGGAUGACAGUGAUGUCAUGUCUUAGCCCCGCCCCCCUGCCUGCACCUUAAAGACUGACUGAUGAACCCCACAAUGCACAGCGUGGGAGAGAAAUGCAGCGAGAGAAAUGACUCUAUACUCAGCCUUCCCUCGCCUCCGCUUCCUCCAUCCAUCCAUCCAUCCAUCCAUUCAUCCAAUCCAAUGCUACAGGCUGCCAGGAAGUCCUCUUCUUCUGCAGGACAUCACCUGCUCUUCUUCACCCUCUGCUUCCUCUCAUCCAUCCUUCCCAGCCCUCCGUUCACUUCAGUUCACUUCACUUUAUUACACAGGACCAGAGACACCAAUCAGCUGUUUUUGGUUAUAAUUAUUGUUAUUGAAGGGGAGGAUAGUUUUCCAUCCACCAGUAUUGUUUUCCUUUAUAUAAUUUACAGUAUCUCAGUAAUAUAUUUCGUUCGCAAUACUAUAUCGACUAUAUCGUUUCCCUCUUCAUUUUAAAAUGUACAGCAGCAGGAAAAACUCCGAACUGUUAAAGCAGAUGUGUAAAUUUAGGAAAUAAAUUUCAUAAGUUUUGUGUAUGACACACGACAGACAGCUUACAUUAAAGACUGUUCCCAGAAAUAAACUGGCUUUCAGCCUCGUGAAAGGGGAGAAUCACCAACGUUUCCAACUAUUUCACAGUGUCUAAUCGCUAAAUGAAGGUAAGACUAUGCCUUGGAGAUGUGUGUCCAGAGUUUCAGGCUUUAAAUAUAAUGGUAAUGUGUUCACAUCCAUUUUAUAAGAUAAACAAUUCACUUUGUUGUUGGAACUCUGGUCCCCGUCAAACACGUAUACUUGGGGAUCUCCAAUAAAAACACACGAGGAACAUCCUA